AUGUCCACCACAGUAAGCCCCGACCGAAUCCACAUCGUCAUCGCCGUCGCGCUCUCGACCUUCUUCGUGUCCAUGUGCAUCCUCUACAGCUUCAUCCGCUGGGAAAACCGCCGUCUUCGCCGCCGCCGCCGCAGCAGCCGCCGCCGCAGCCGCAGUCCAGCCGGGACCCGCAUUCGCACCCACGGGGGCAAUGUCAUCGAGCUCUCCGCAAGAGGCCCGAGGGGUAUGAGCCAUAGGCAGAGACGGUGGAGGAGAGGAGGAGGAGGAGGAAGAAGAAUGGAAGCUCCGCGAGCUGGGGAUCUGGGACGAGAAGCUGAUGACUGGAGCCCCCGAGACCCGCGCCGCAACGCAAUGUUCAUGGACCUCACGCCCCACCCUCCCACCCCUUCCGCCUCCGCCUCCGCGUUUUCGUCUCCGGAGCGACAACAGCAGCAGCAGCAGCAUGAUCAAACGACAUACGAGCCUAUCAAAUGUCCUGCUUCGUCGUCGACGGCCUGGCCUCGAGAACAGGAAUCAGACGAUGAUGAUAAUGACGAGGCUAAAGAUGGUAGUGAGGAUGGGGAUGGUAAUAAUGAGGAUAGCAUUAAGCCUGAGGAUGGUGAUGGGGGGAAUAAAGGAGAAGGGGUGGGUGGGGCAGGAGAAGGACUAGAAGAAGGGCUAGGAGGGAUAGGGGAAGGGGAAGGGGAAGGGGUACAAGAAGAAGUACUACAACAACAACAACAGCAACAACAAGAGGAGGAAAAAGAAGGGGAAGAACAAGUGGCGGGGCCAGCAUCUGGUGGGGGGUAA